GCCUAAUAAAUAACAAUCAGCUUUGUUUUUGUUUUUAUAUGCAAAACUGUCAACGUGAAAACGGAGUUCAUGCCAGAUUUCGAGCACUUCCGAUUUUCCAGCUCUAGAAUGAAUCCGGUUUUGGGUGAAAGCGCGUACGCGGUCCAGCAGCAGCCGCAGGAUCCCGGGGCGACUUUAUCAGAUACGGAGCCUGGAUACACGGGCUUUUUCUUUGGUGAUGCUGGACAAGAUUUUUUGGAUUCUGGCUCACUGUCCAGCAGCUUUCCGUAUUUCCAUUCCAGCGGUUCACUGUACCGAGCAUCUCUUCCUCAUCCUCCUCCUCCUCCUCCUGCUGCGGCUCUGCGCAAUGAUCUCGGCUCCAACAUUUGCGUCCUGAAGACUCUGAACCUGCGGUUCCGCUGCUUCUUGGCCAAAGUGCAUGAGCUAGAGCGCCGAAACAAAGCCCUGGAAAACCAGCUUCAGCAGGCCAGGGAGGCCAAUAAUAAUGACAGAGGAUGUGGACAAGGUAAAAGACAUUGCACUGUCCAGUCAGAAACAGACUUUACAGCAAGUUCGAAUGCAAAUGAUUCAACAUGCUCGACCAGGACUUUACUAGGACCAACACUUAAUGGCUCUGGACUCAUGUCCAGAAACAAGAUAUUGGUUGGAAAUCAGGACUCAGCAGGUCUAAUGGACUCAAAUUCCAAUCUUUCUCCAUUAUUCCCCCUAUCUCCAGUUGUUCCUAAGUCCAUCUCCAGUAUCAGACAGAGCUAUGAUGGGACAGAAAGGUUUACUAACUCCACAUCUCAGGUUCAUCCAACCUCAGUUUUGUUUCACAAAUCCACUGGACGGUUGAACAACGGCUGGGAUUUGAGGUUUUCUGGUCCCAGAGUGUCCUGGCCAUAUCAAGACGGGGUUGGGGUUCAAAUCGACACCAUCACACCAGAAAUUCGGGCCCUUAAUAAUGUGCUGGCAAAGGUGAAGCUGGAAAGGGAUGAAUACAAGCAAAGGUGGGAAGAGGAGUAUGCAGUCAGAUUGGACCUACAGGACAAGAUCACAGAGCUAGAAGAGGACCUGUACAUAAGUGAGAUGUGUCAGGAUAAGCUGGCUCUCCGAGUAAAGCAGCUGAAGGCUGAGCUCAUCGUCUUCAAGGGCCUCAUGAGCAAUAACCUCUCAGACUUGGACAGUAAGAUCCAGGAGAAAGCCAGGAAGGUGGAUAUGGACAUCUGUAGAAGGAUUGACAUCACUGCACGCCUGUGUGAUGUCGCACAGCAGCGGAACUGUGAGGACAUGUCUCAGAUCUUCCAGCAGGUGGCUACACCUCCCUCAACACUGACCCGCUGCCACUGCAAACAGGCCUCACAGACUAAUAAACCCAACGGUAGCGACGACUCGGUCAGCAUGUCUGUGAGUGAGGGAUGCAAGAGCAAAGAGCCGGAGCUGUGUGGCUCAUCGACCAAUCCGGUUAAUGAAGAAAUGCAGAGGAUUCUCAACCAACUUAGGCAUGACAAUGAGUUUGAGGAUGACUGUGAUAGUCUGGCUUGGGAAGAAACAGAAGAAACAUUACUGCUCUGGGAGGAUUUCCCAGGAUGCACCUUGGCUGUGGACACUAAUGGGGAGCAGGACGAGUCCAUAGAGAAGGUGAUAAAGGACACAGAGUCUAUGUUCAAGUUUCGUGAGAAGGAAUACCAAGAAACCAUAGACCAGAUAGAGCUGGAGUUGGCCACAGCAAAAUCAGACAUGAACAGGCAUCUGCAUGAGUACAUGGAGAUGUGCAGUAUGAAGAGGGGUCUGGAUGUGCAGAUGGAGAUAUGCAGGAGGCUCAUGACACAGAGUGGAGACAGUAAAUCUCCCCUUCCAGUUCCUGUGACUUUGGAUGACGCAGAGGAAGGAGAGAAGGAGCGGAAUGCUCACCUACCAUGGAGGAAGUUCUAACAGACCUUUGUGUCAGCUAAGCCCUACUUCUAUUGCCAUCUAUACUUCACACCGAGGAUGAGGUGGCACCUUAAAAGACUUAUGAUUUCACAAAACACACUAGUGCCCCCCAGUGGCAAAGAGUAUGACUACAUGAACGAUUUACUCAUAAUUUACUUGAAAAACACAUUAAA